UAGAUACAAAUAGCAAUAUAGGUAUUUUUUAUGAGAACACAAAUAAAUGAAGCAUUUAUAGUCAAUAUCAUUUUAGAAUGUGCAGGCCAUCUGAUUAGUCCUGAAUGUGAAGUUAGAUGGAUGACUGAAAAAAAAUGGUAGAAACCUUUUUUCUUCUUCUUGGGUUUCUGCUUUGUUCUUUAGAGUGCCUUGUUGUUGGCGAGGAGUAUAACUGCAACUGCUCUAAAGGAUAUUAUUGGAGCAAUGAAGUCUGCUACAAUUACAACUGCUGCACUGACACAACAUGCACACAAAAUAUUUCCCUCGCAACAUCCAUCUGUGUUCUCCCAACUACUGUGCGCAUCAAUGGAUCAGUUUCAACCUUUUCAGGAUCAGCUGAAGCAGUGCUCAGACAAAAGCUUGGAGGGCUUAAUGGCCUGAAGGGCAUAAAUGUCACCAUUAAGAGCCCCAUUGUUGACUUUGAGGUGGAAGUAAACGUCAAAGUAAACACGUCUAAACUUCAAGACAUUCUGAAUACCGUGCAAAGUACUCUAGGCUCUGGUACGAUUUUUGCUGACACUCAAGGACUGGUCUACAUGGAUGCCCCAACCGAUGCGGUGAAAUACAAGUCCCAGCUGCUUCUAAAAUGUGCUUUUGAGGAAAUGGGAGCUGUUGUGGGCAGUUCUGGCUGGAACCUAAGCAGACCGUUUGAACGCUUGGAGAUCAACAAUGGUCUUACAGCCAAAAUCAUAUACACCUGUCCUCCAGAUUAUACAAACUGUGUUGCWGUCAAUCUCACUCUGUUGACAGGCGCAUGGAUAGGUACAUAUGAAUGUGGAUUUACUGUUGGGUCAAUCAGGCACAUUGCCAGAUCUUAUUUGGAAGUUGCUCUCCUGCCGGAUGAGAUCAUCAUGAAAUUCAGUCCUCUCGUUAUGGACUGUACAACUGCUGUUUCUGUAACGCUUAAUGUCUCUGCUGCCAUUCCUGUAACCACUGAGAACUAUACCAUAACAUGGUACUUUGAUAAUGUGCUAAAAUCCACAGAAAAUUCAAAAAAUACCACCUUUAUCUACAAUUACACUGUUUCUGCCAGUUGUUCCGAUGCAAAGUUCCACAAUGUAAAAAUUAAUUUUGAAAACAGACUGAAACAAACAACAAGUGAAGCAGUGGAUAUCCCAGUGUUAACUGCGAAAGAUCCAUUCUGCAAGAUGGAAAUUCUCAAUGGCGAGUUGUGGCCAAAUACUCCAACAGGAAUAAAUGUUGUUAACAAAACAUGUUCAGCGGGCAGAGUUGGACAAAAAUCACGUAACUGUACCCAAAGCCAGCAAUGGGACAUCGUUUAUUCUAUGUGCAUCAAUGCAGAGCUUGGAAAAGUUGCAAAUGCAGCUUCGAACUUCUUGAAUGGACUUGGGGCCACCCAGCAAGUGGCACAGGAUAUAUUUGCAGGAAUUAAAAACAACACAGCCUCAGAUUCUGCCUCCGGUGAUGACACUGCAGACAUCAGUGCUUCCAUUGCCAUCAUGGGGAUAAUGGCCAGCGCAUCACUGACUACGACCUUGAAUGAGGAUGUGUUUCCAGAUUUAAUUGAAGGAGCAAGCAAUAUGGUCGGCUCAAACUGGAGUGGGGUAAAUGAUAACAUCCGUUACCAAAUGUCACAACAAUAUCUUUACUCUGUGGAAUCGUUGGUGAAGAAUAUCCAGGUGAACACGAGCGAAGGCUUCAACAGCACAAACCUGGAACUUAAAUUCUGCUCAAGUGAUGACUGUGACAUGACUGUGUUUGGCGUUGAAGUGUCUAUGAACAGGACCAGUGGACUGAUGAAAACUAUGGGUGUCAAAAAUCUAAUGGAAAAAUUGAGAAACAACAAUUUCCCUGGCAGAAAUCACACCAGCAUCUUGAUGUCUGCCACCCUGACUAACAACACUGAUUCAAAUAUCACGAUUCAAAUGUUGUUUCCAGAUGAGCAACAAGAUGCUACAGAACAUUUAUGCGUCUUCUGGGACACCGAAGCAGGCGACUGGUCAAAUCGGGGAUGUAUUGCCAACAUGACUGAGAAUAAUCAAACUCUUUGCGAGUGCAACCAUCUGACUUCAUUCUCUGUCCUCAUGUCCAAAAGCGCCAAUGUAUCUUCUGAAUCCCUCGACCUUAUCACUUAUAUUGGGCUUGGUGUGUCCAUUUUCUCCCUGUUAGUCUUCCUCAUCAUUGAGCAUCUUGUAUGGUCGGCUGUGACAAAGACAAACCUGUCACAUUUCCGUCACACAUCUAUAGUCAACAUUGCCGUGUUCCGCUUGCUCGGUGAUUGCAGUUUCCUGGCUUCAGCCUUUCCUGAUAGUAUCAGUGACACCUGGUGCUUUGUUUUUACAGUGUGCAAACACCUGUUUUACUUGGCCAUGUUCACCUGGAUGUUGUGCUUGAGUGUGAUGCUUGUCCACCAGCUCAUCUUUGUUUUCAGCCCUGUGAGGAAGAGAGUGUUCAUGUUCCUCACCAGCAUUGUAGGCUAUGUUGUCCCAAUGGUACUGGUGGGAACCAGCUAUGUAUAUUACAAAUACACCAACAAGGAUUACUAUAGUAGGAAAACCUGCUGGUUAGUAUAUGAAAGGCUCUUGGUAGGCUCUAUUCAUGCUUUUCUCCUUCCAGUGUAUGCCAUUGUUCUGUCAAACCUCUUUUCUAUGGUGGUUGUCAUCGUUACCUUGGUGAAGACCUCAGUACCUGACAGCAGCAAGGCAGAUGACAAGGAGACAGCAAAAAGCAUUCUUAAAGUGGUGGUCUUUCUAACACCUGUGUUUGGAGUGACGUGGAUUCUUGGCUUCUUUAUUUACAUCCUGGAUGAGGGGACAACAAUGUUUAAAAUUGUUAACUACACUUUCACCAUCCUCAAUUCUUUUCAGGGUCUCUUCAUUUUGAUAACAGGAUGCCUCACAGAGCAGAAGGUCAGAGAUGAACUCUAUAGGAUCAUAAUGGCUAAAACAGGACGAGAAACCGAUAGCAUGCAGAAACUGACAUCAACUACUUACACAAAAGACAAAUGAGAAAAGGAUGGGAGAAUGGAAAAUCCUCUGGCUCUGCAGCUCCCAUUGGAUCCCACAAAAGAGAAGUUCUUGAAGUUUGCAUUGUGUCAGAUUUUGGUCUUAGACUGAUACAGAGAAGUAGAUGAAUUUUCAUAAUAACUAUUAACUAAAGGUUAUCAGAUAGAACACAUAUGUUCAUUAAUAGCAGUGACGUGAUGAUAUUUAUAGAUCAUACUACAGAAAAACUUGCAAUAUUUGUCUUUUUCAACCUAGACUAGCAACAUAUAAAUAACAAAAAGGUAAAGCUAAUGUGCUUUUUUGUUAUUUUAUUUUAUUUAUAAGUGAAAUGCAAAUGUAUAGCUGUAUAAAUUUAAGGAGAGACUUUAAGUAUAAACUAAGAAAGCAAUAUUUCACAUUGGUAACCCAGGAGUUUAUAUGCUGACUGUACAUUGAACAAAAUGCAUUUCAAAUUCAGUUAUGUUUUUUAUUUAAAUAGAAAUUAUAAGCUUAUAUAGUUUUACUUGAACUAUAUGUUGUAUAAUGUGUUUGUAUAGGCUUGUAUGUAACUUGAGAUUUGUAGUAAAAUAAAGAUUUGUUGAGAAAUUUAA